CCCGAUACUCCUCCGCACGUAGUAGCUCGCGAGUCGCGUUUUAGAGCGCGGAACAUCUAGUUGUGCCGAGCCGAUCCGAACCGACGGACGCGCUCUUUCUCUCUCUCUCUUUCCCUUCUCUGUUCGGCAGGGUCACUAGAUCACCAUGUUCGAAUCAAAAUUCAAAUCAGUGUCUAAUUAAAAUUCUUAAAUCAAAAUAAAAAUACGAGAAAAAAAAUUAUAUUAUCCACUGCCUCGAACUCUGACCCGUCAGAGAUACAGUAUCACUUUUUUUAUUAACACAUACAAUAAACAUAGCCAUGAAACUCUGAGAAGUUUCAGUUUAAAUGGGCUUUUAAUAUUAAAUAUAAAUUAACAAUGUAAAGUUUUUAUAAAAAUUAUUUUUUUUUUUCCGACUUGAAUCAAAAGUGAAAUCUUUUAAAGCUUGUUCUUUAUUUUAGUAAUAAUGACGAUUGAAAUAAAUUAUUGUAAUUAAUUGAAAGAUAGGAGCACUAAUAAAGAGUGAUGAUAAUAGUAUAGACUUUGAAAUAAAUAUUUAUUUAUUAAUAAAUCAUAGAUUAAUAUUAAUAUUAAUAAAUCACGAGUGAUAGUGACGAAAGUAGAGUUUGUUAUGAUCUAUUGUCAGUGUGAAACAAGUGUGGGGUCUAAUUGUUAUAAAUAUAAUAAUAAAAAUAUUACCGAUAGUAAUAGUAAAAAACAACCGAGAUGAGGAUGAGAAUGCACUCAAUUUCAGUUGUCUUCUCGGUAUUUAUUAUUGCAUUUCAUGUGAAUGAGAUUUAUUGCCGUGUUUAUGUAGAUAGUAGUAAAAAUAAUCAUAAUAAUGAUAAUGAUAACGAUGAUAAGGGCAGCGAUAGUUACAACCGAACAUUUAUUGAUGAUCAGGACGGGAGACAAAGAAACUUCAGACAAAGAUACCGAUUCACGAUUGACGAACUGUUGAAUGCCAAAUUCCCGAACCUCAUCUCGGGGGAUUUCGAUCUGGAUAUUUGCAAAGCAGGCGGUUUCGUAAAAGAUAUCGCCCUGCCAAACGUCGAGUAUCAAGAGGAAUGGGAAAAACAGAAAUUGAAUAAAAGUUACCUCGAAGAAUUGGAAAAGUAUGAGGACGAAGUACUUAAAGAGGGAUUACAAGUUGAAGAGGAAGGUCUUACUGAAAUUCUACAGUUUCAAAGUGGAAAAGACAAAGGUCAACAACCAGAAGCUGUUUUGUCUUUUGAAAAAACAGAACCUGUUGUUGCGGGCCGAAAUCAAUAUGAUACCAAUCCAGAGCUGUCUGACUUCGAAUUCAAAAGACAUGACAAGGAUCAAAAUUCUAAUCUUGAUUUUAGACUAGAUCUCGAAGAAAAAUCCACAGACUGGUCACCAAAAUUAGGAUCAAAGAGCCCUCGAGUACGUCACUCGCACCAAGGCUCCCACGAAUCGACUACCAAAGAUCCAUUUUCAGUGAUAACCCUCGAAGAGAGUGACGUAGAAUCGAGAAAACGUUUACGUCGGCACCAUCGUCGUAGACCAAGCAGAAGACGUCACCACUAUCGACGAGUGAAAAAUCUAGUCCCACGAGAUUUAACUGACCGAGAUAAAACCGAAGAUAAUAAUAAUAAUAAUAAUAAUAAUAAUAAUAAUAAUAAUAAUAAUAAUAAUAAUAAUCAGAAUAAAAAUAAUAAUAAUAAUGAUAAUGAUAGUAAUGAGAAUGUCGAAAAUGAGGACGUGUCAGUUCACAACAGGCGCUUACGUGAUAUCGAAUUCUACAACGAGCACAAAACGAAAUUUGAAGCUCGUGAGCGCCGAGAGACGUCAGGAGACGCGGAAGUCAAAAGCUCCAGGCAGGUCAGAAGACGACGGGCAGCUACUGCCCGUAAGGAACGAGUCUGGGAUCACGGGGUUAUUCCCUACGAAAUAGACGGGAAUUUCUCUGGUGCUCACAAAGCCCUUUUCAAGCAAGCCAUGAGACACUGGGAGAACUUCACAUGCGUUAAGUUUGUUGAGAGGGUCAGUCGGGAACAUCCUAACUACAUUGUCUUCACUGAGAGGCCUUGCGGAUGCUGCUCCUUCGUGGGUAAACGAGGUAAUGGACCGCAAGCCAUUAGUAUCGGAAAGAAUUGCGAUAAAUUUGGUAUCGUAGUUCAUGAAUUAGGUCAUGUAGUUGGGUUCUGGCACGAGCACACGCGACCAGACCGCGAUCGUCACGUACAGAUCAUUAGGGAUAACAUCAUGGCCGGUCAAGAGUACAAUUUCAACAAAUUGACAAACGAAGAAGUGGACUCGCUUGGUUUACCAUACGACUACGACUCAAUAAUGCACUACGCAAAGAAUACAUUUUCAAAGGGAACGUAUCUUGAUACAAUAUUACCAAUCGAGAACACCGGAAAAAAACGACCGGAAAUUGGUCAAAGGAUACGACUUAGCGAGGGAGAUAUUGCACAAACGAAUCUUCUGUACAAAUGCCCAAAAUGUGGGAGAACUUUUCAAGAUAAUAGCGGUACAUUUGGAUCAUCAACUCACCCUAAUAGCUCGCCCUCGGUGGAGGGCGAGCGUUGUGAAUGGCGCAUUACUGCGACACAUGGAGAACGAAUAGUACUAAAUAUAACAUCGCUGGAUAUUUACAAGAGCGAUUACUGUAAAGCUGAUUAUUUGGAAAUACGUGAUGGUUACUGGCACAAAAGCCCUGUUUUGGGUCGUUUUUGCGGAAGCGGUAAAAUCCACGAGCCGAUAAUUUCAAGCGGGAGCCGCAUGCUAGUAACUUACGUGCGAACAAGUCUCGAGAACGGUUACCGCGGUUUCGGGGCAAAUUAUGAAGCAGUUUGCGGUGGUAACGUUACUUUGGAGACUGUUGGACACUUGGAGUCACCAAACUACCCAGAGGAAUAUCAAUCGAGCAAGGAAUGCGUGUGGCGACUGACAGUACCCCAGGACUACCAAGUUGCCCUAAAGUUUCAAUCAUUUGAAAUAGAGAAUCACGACAAUUGCGUUUAUGACUACGUUGAAGUUAGAGACGGGCACACUUCCGAUUCCCCGCUCAUCGGACUUUAUUGUGGAUACAAAGCCCCACCGGAUCUUCGUUCCACCGGUAACAAACUUUUUGUUAAGUUCGUUAGCGAUGGCUCUGUACAAAAGGCUGGAUUUUCUGCAACUGUCAUGAAAGAAUUUGAUGAAUGCGCGAUGACCGAUCACGGAUGCGAGCACGAAUGCCUUAAUACUUUAGGUGGAUACGAAUGUUCCUGUAAAAUCGGAUACGAGUUGCACUCAGAUGGAAAACAUUGUGAAGACGCUUGCGGGGGAGUUUUUGACGCUAGCAAUGGAACAAUAACCAGCCCUUCUUUUCCUGAGACCUACCCGGGCAACAAAAACUGUAUUUGGGAAAUAAUAGCGCCCUUACACUACAGAAUAACUCUAAACUUCACCCACUUUGACUUAGAGGGGAACAGAAUGUACCAGCAGGAGUGCGACUACGAUUUUGUAGAAGUCUCCAGCAAAUUAGGGGACGAUAUUCUAAAGAAGCACGGAAUUUUCUGCGGCUCCAAGAUCCCUACGCCGAUUAUUUCCGAAGGCAAUGCCAUGAGAAUCGCCUUUACGUCUGACAAAAACAUACAAAAAUCUGGAUUCGCGGCUGUCUUUUUUACCGACAUGGACGAGUGUGCUAACAAUAAUGGCGGGUGUCAGCACGAGUGCCACAAUACUAUUGGCUCGUAUGAGUGCUCUUGCCACAAUGGGUUCAAGCUCCAGGACAACGGGCAUGAUUGCAAAGAAGGAGGGUGCAAGUACGAGAUCUUGAGUCCUGUUGGGACAAUAACUUCCCCGAAUUACCCGGAUUAUUAUCCCUCGAGAAGAGACUGCGUUUGGCAUUUCACGACGACUCCUGGUCAUCGAAUUAAAUUGAUCUUCAAGGUCUUCGAAAUGGAAUCGCAUCAAGAGUGUGCUUACGAUUACAUCGCCAUUUACGAUGGUGACUCACCAGACAGUCAUACCCUUGGGAGAUUUUGUGGAACUAAAAUACCUCAUCCAAUAAUUGCAACGAGUAAUCAGAUGUUUAUGGUAUUCAAAAGUGAUAUGUCAGUACAAAGAAAAGGAUUUUUAGCUUCUCAUACGACAGCAUGUGGAGGCCACCUGAUGGCGACGAGCGAAGUUAAAUAUAUUUACUCUCACGUGAGAUACGGAACUCACAACUACGAUCAUCGCACAGACUGUGAUUGGACAAUUGAAGCGCCGAUUGGAAAAAAUGUACACUUGUCAUUUUUGUCAUUUCAAUUGGAGUACGAAGAAGAUUGUGCUUAUGAUUUCGUUGAAAUUUACUCCGGAUUAGAUGCUUCCAGUCCCAGUUAUGGAAAAUUUUGUGACUCAAAUAUUACGGAGAUAGUGUCGAUGAACGAAGCUCUGUUGAUAAGAUUCCGUUCUGACGACACUGUGUCAAACAAAGGAUUUUCAGCGGCCUACGUGGCAGUAGAUCGCCAAGACAGCGAUGAAAACCUCGGUGGAAUCGACGAGGAAGACAAUUUCUGAUCUUCAAUGGGGCUCGGGAAUUCCCUUGAGCCUCGAGAACGUGACAAUAGCGCCAGCCGUUUAUCAGCGGCAAGUCGACGCACUAAAACCAACCAGAUUUCGCCGUCAGUAACUUAUCAGCGGCGCGCAUUUCAAGAUUUUUUGAAUUUGCAAAAUUUAAAUCAAGAUAAUAAUAAAAAUGAUAAUAAUAAUAAUAAUCAUAAGUAUAGAGUUAAUGGCAAUAGAUCUCGACGUGGAAAAUUAAACGGCUUUAUUUCGAUGGUGAGAGACAAUUAUCGACCGCGCAACAGACGGAAAAAAAACCGAACUAAUCAUUAAGAUUUAUUUGUUACAAAAUUCAAUGUUUUUCAUUUCAUUCAUAGGCCGUAAAUGUGCCAUAUUACAUAAUGUUUUGUUAGAGGAUUUUUGAGAAAAAAUUAAAAACCACAAGUGGCAGAAAUUUUUUUUGGAAGUAAAAUUAUUGCAAUACGUUAAUAAUCACUGCCUUAUCCGCGAUCAUUUUUUUAAGUGAUUACUUUUUCGUAUAAAGUAAAUUGUAAGAGUUAAAAUUCUUUAAUAAUAAUAAUUAUAAUAAUUAUUAUUAAAAAAAUAAUAAAGUACACAAAUAAGAAUGUUUAUUGUAGAUUUUUUCUGUAAAUAGAUAGUAAUGAGUUAAUACGUAGUUCGAUUCACGCCGUACUAUUUUAUAAUAAAAAGAAAACGUACGUUAAUGACGAUAUUAAAUACUUACUUGAA